AUGAGAUCCAGAGGUCCUGUGGCCUUGGGCCAUUUCGCGAUUGCUGUUGACGCAUCGCUCGAGGCUUCAUGCCAUUUCCUCGAUGCCGAAGCGACCACGGAUAAGCUCAAGACCUUCAAUCCUAGAGUCACCGUCCAGGACAAGCGUGGCUGCACUACCCUCGACAUCUCGACCAAUUGCGUCAAGGAUGCUCUCGAUGGCUCUCAUCUGAAGUUGACCAGCAGGGCAAUCCGUCGCCAAUUCGAUGCUCUUCGUGAGGCCUUCAACACUCAUGAUCAAUCCGAGAAGCAUCGCAUUUGCAUCACAAUGUCCAGUGAUCAACGCGCUGCUGGCCCGGGACAGAUGUCGCCAACGAUGACAUACUUCUUCCAAGCGUACAGUAUCAAGAACUGCGACUGGCAGAGAGGCUGGUUGGCGAAGCGCCCCAAGGCACGAAUCCUCAAUCCCGGCACAGUCAUUCGCCUUGACAACACGUCCGGCAACACCAAGGCAUGUUACACUUGCAACAGCACUGACCACCUUGCUCGAGACUGUCCACUGACUCGCCGAGACUUUGCUGCACCGACGGCAUCCAAUGAGAUCGAGCGCAUGAUGUUGGCGUACCGCGAGGCUGCAGAGACUGGCACUGAGGUCUCUUACGUGGCUAACGCGCCUCUUGAUGGCUCCCCUGCUCUCGGAACUGGUGCUGGGACGGGUGUGAGGGUUUCCGCCUGGAACAGGAUUGUGGACGAGUGGCAACAGGAACAAGAAGAGAGAUAG